AUGAACUUCUUUUUCAAAGAAUGGCUUUUAAGAAAUCCGGAGAAAUUCGAAAAGUAUGCGCGAAUGUUUGGCGCUAAAAGAGCUGCCCCGCUUUACAUGUCCCAAGCACAAUUGUGUGCUCAUUCGAAAACGGUCAACCAACUGCAAAAAAGAGUUUCGAAUUCUAGUUUGAUGGAGUCUGUAAAUGAACAGACAGAGUGGCCAGUUUAUGAGCCGAAAAAGUCGAGAAGGACACAGUUGAUAGAGACUGGAGUGAUAACAGGGAUUGUUUGUUUGACUUUGGUCUACUUUAUUGUCUGGCAUUUCAGGGACAACAGAAAGAUUAAAAAGUCGUCAAAAGAAUGCCCAAAAGCAAAGGAGACUUUCAUGCCUCAUACAUACGAUACCAUCACUGCUUCUAGGACAAUCGCCUGUGAGCUGAGCGAAUAUAGUGCGAAAAACUCACCAAAGAUGCCAAGAACUAAGUCCGUUCCUGAAUACGUUCUGUAA